AGAAGGUAAAGGGACGAAAAGAGAAGAAGCGGUGCAGAAGCGAGAAAAAGAUAGAAGUGGAAAAGGCUGGGAAGCAAGGAAGAAAGGUCGAAGAAAAAGAAACAGGCGAGCGCAGAGAUUGGCGCUCGCGCGCAUUGCGCCGCGACCUUUAAUGGGCGCUGAUGGGCGCAGCCUCCCUGGAACCUGGAAUCCGAUUGCUUCUCUCCGAUCUUCCAGUCGCGGAGAAUCCGUGUUCCCGGUCGAGACGCGCGAUUCUCUCUCUCUUUCUCUCUCUCUCUCUCUCUUUUCCUCCCUCCCUUUUCUCUUUCUGUUUUCUUUUCGGCGAGACAUAUCCACGGGGAAAAUCGUUUAUUCGUACAGCGUCUCGAUCGACGUCUCGAACGCACUGCCGCACCUCCGUGCUCCGUCCGCCCUCGAAAAAGUAACUCGCUCGUGCGCUACGUCGCUGCAGGGAAGAGGGGUUGCCCUCGCCUCCGUGCUGACGGCAGUGUCGUAGACCAGCACGACUUGAAAGCCGUUGACCCGCGCGCAAUCCGUCUCGACCAACCCCACCGCUAAUGUAAAUUCACACGUUUAUUUUGCGACGCGCGCGUGUCUCGCUGCUUUUUAUUAAAAGGUGCGCGAUCCGCAGAGCCGCGCGUGAAAACGCUCGCGUUCGCUGUCUCUUCGCGCAUCGUGUCGCUAGGUCAUAGGUCGUUCGCCGCUCGUGGUAGGAAAACACUGUGUAGAAACAAUGUCCUGUGUGCGUCGCCGCUGUUCUACCGUCGUGACACCGUUUGCGACAGCAUUAUCCGCGGCCGCUCGUCUUUAAGAUACCGAGAAGUUUCUCGCUUCUUUCGGUCAUCUGCGGGAUAGAAAUUACAUUAAGCUGCUCUUGGCAGUGUGUUUACCUCUGAUCGCGAAUUUAUACAAAAUAAGAUGAUUAUGUACACGGUCGCUGAGGAUCAUAUGGGCGAUAAUGAGAUCGCGCAGGUGAUUGCGUUCAUAUGCGGAAUCAUAGUGAUACUGCUGAUGAUAAUGGGUCUUGCAUCCACCGACUGGUUGAUGGCUCUGGGAUGGAGGCAAGGUUUGUUCGCUCACUGCAUUGAGGAAGGCGCCCCGACGCCUCUGCCCUUUAAUAUGCCCGAUCCUCCAGGAUGUUAUCAGGCUAGAGACAAUGCUUACAUAAAAGCAGCCGCAGCCUUGUGCGUAGUGUGUCUUUUGACAGACAUCGCUGCGACGAUUCUCACUGGGCUUGGUUUGCGAACGCAGGAUCACAGGGACAAACACAAAUAUUACAGAUUCGCAGUAUUUUGUAUGGGUAUUGCACUGGUGUCUCUUUUGAUUGCACUGGUCAUAUAUCCCGUAUGCUUUGCAGCAGAACUAAACCUAGGUAAUCGGACCAUGUGGGAAUUCGGUUGGGCGUACGGAGUCGGUUGGGGUGCAGCUAUUUUCCUGUUUGGAGGAGCAGUACUGUUGCUUUGCGACAAGGAAAGCGAAGAAAUCUACUAUAAGGAGAGAAAAAUCGUACGCGACGAUAUCGGAGGUGGUAAUUCCAUGAUCGGCAUGGGACAUCACGCCGGACGAAGUGGAACGCAGCUAGCCUAGUGGCAUUGCUCCCUGCCCGAUGUUGUUCUCUAGGUGAUUUAUUUCAUCUUUUUCUGCUCUCACAGUUCGACACAUACGCAUACGGGAAGAUGUACAUGCCUAUGAGAAUGCUUGAGAGUUUUUGUUAUCGGUCAUUUCGAGAUAUCCGGUAUAGACGCGAAACUGUUCAUUAGAUGACUGUUCGAAUUACUUGAUCGGUUUCACAUAGGACACGUAAUAAUGUCCUGUUAAAUGAAUGACAAGCAUUUCGACCCUCUUCUGACUAUGGCUGAUUUAGCAAUCGCAACUUUUAUACGACAAUUUUGGGACCAUUAUUAGCUUCAUUCUGUUAUAUCUCCUAGAUUGUGCGUAAUAUUGAACAAUUUUAUAUACAUACGCGUGCGUCCGCGUAUAUAAUGUUUUUACUGUGAUUUAAAAUUGGGAACUUUGUGUCAUGUGACGAUGCUGCAUUUAUUAUCCGUAAAAUUGAAAUGAUAACGGUAUCGCGUAUUUAUUAUUAUAUCUAAUCUAGUGACCGUUU